AUGACAUUCCAGCUGUCGGACUUGAACCCAUUGUUCAAAGCCCCGGGGUUUCUGCCUGGAUGGCAGCACCCACGGUCGCUUGGGAAGAAUGAGGCCAAACAGUACACGGAGACCAACUUCUACAAGUUCGCACAGAUCAGACGGGUUUUCUAUUUCGUUCUUCAACUCAAAGACCAUCAGCAGAAUGAAAAGUCUUCGACUCCCUCGUCUUCUUUAGGACCGCCAGAGACCAGUGGUGAAUCUACCAACGGGUCGCCAACCCCACAGCUCAACAUCUACGAUUACGAAAGCCUCAUACGAAACCAACUGGCUGAGAACUAUGGUGGCAAAGGCGUUCUGGUAAUUGCUUCAGGAAAAGAUGUGUGGGUAUUUUUGAUGGAUGUCGCUGAGAUCGAAGAUCCUGCUGCUUCUGCCCAAUUGCAGUCUGCAUUAGAGUCGCUAAUUUCAGACGGAAGAUUGCCGUUGAACAUGCAUUCAGUUGGGAGUUUCACUGCGUCCGAAUUCGCCCAAAAACCAAACUUUUCAAUGUACAUGAAUUUCUUCAAGGCCGUUAGGAAAUCGAUUUUCGCCAAAGUGUCAGCGUCCGGUGCCAAUGCGAAGGGCUACAUGCUGCCUUUUGCUACGCAGCUGCUGAUCCACAAUAUCAGCCCGGAUUCUUCUGAUGACUUUUCGGUGCUGAAAAUGAACCCGUCGUUGAGCUUAAAAGGAGAACUCAUUGUCAACAUGUCGAUGUCAAAUUUCCCGCGAUUUAGACGAUUAUCGGACCUCUGUCCUGGAGAUCCUGUGAUAGCUACGGACGACAAGGUGGUGUAUCUAUGCCCGUCUGGGGUGCGUUGCUACUUCGCGGUGAAUGGUAAUUGCAAGGAUUCGCUUACUGAAGAGGCUCCUUCGCAUCUGGACAAACACAUACAAUUGUUAAAGGAACAUUGUGACAUAAUAUUGCCGCAGAUACCUCGGAAGAAGGCGUGGGUCAAGCUGGUGCCUAACCUGAAGCACCUGAACAGUCUCACUCCCAUGAUCUCGAAUUUUUUGGAGAAGGAUCUGGCCAGAUACGGAAGCUCCAAGUACAUUGUAUGGCCCACAUGUUUGUGUUUUAUCCAGACGUCAGUCGACACUGGACAAGAUUCUGCUCAACCGAAUUCCAAGUUUGAGGAUCCGUUUGACGUCGUCAACGAUUUUAUAGAUGCGGAUCUAGAAUACGAUGCCAAAAAAGAAGAAGAGGGGUUUCCUGUUUUGAACCCUCCCAUCGCAGAUCUGGAAAUGCAUGAUUUUGAAGAAGAUGUUCGUAUGGCCGAUGAUUCCAAGCUUUGGUCUGAGGACAGACUGGAGCAGAAAUCCGACCAGGAAAGCAUUUCGCAUGAUGAAGUAUCCACUCCAAGUCCUAAAGGAGAGGACUGGGACGAGCUGUUUGGUGAUAUGGAAGAUGAGGAUGACCCUAUGACCAACCAGCUGCCAAAUGCUGCUGCUUCUUCUCCUUCAUUUUCCGUGCAGCUUGGUGAGGAAGGACUCGGAUCCGAUAUGGAGGAGUCACGGAGCUUUGAGCCUGUUUCCACGUCUUUGUAUGAAGAUCCCGGAGCUCCUGCUCCUUUGCCUCUUCAAAUAUUCGCAUCACCUUCGCAUGAUUACCAGGAAAACCGAACCAUUUCUGAAAAACCCGAGUCCAGAAGCGUUACUCCCAACGAGCUGAAAAAGUCCGUUUUUGCUCCGCUCAACUUCAACCCUGUGAUACAAAAAAGUAUCGAUAGCAAGUACUCCAACGGAGGAAAGUACUUUUUUGGGUCUUCGAAAACAGGCUCUGACGACAUAGAGAUUGAUGAUCCUACGACUCCCUCCUUCAAGAAGUUUGCGCAGAGUAGGUUUGGCGAUAUCACUCCGUCUUUGCAAGAGAAUGACGAUAGCGAUUUGGUAUCUGAUAGCGAAUAUGAGUCUUCAGACAGUGAUAGCACCUCAGAUAACGACGUUGCUGAGGAGAUGGAAGUGACGCCUGAAUCGAAUGCUGGUAUGGUCGGGCUGGGGAUCAACCAUGGAUCGUUGCUAUCCAGUCAGGAACCUGCAAUUUCGGCUCUAUCUGCUGGUUGGACGUCUUCACAGAAUGUAAACCAGUCACCCAUUCCUGGUGGACCCGUUGAGAAUCAAAACUGGCUGCCUUUCCUGCUAAGAACGAUUCCGAUGUAUACUAUUCCUGCGUGUUUCAUGAAGAACAACCCUUCCAUCAGUGCUGGAUUGUUGGGCUCGGUUCUGCCAAUUAUCCAGAAUCUUUUGGUUUUUGGCUGGGCAAACUAUCUUGAAGAUGACACUGAACUUGCCUCUUUCGACCCAUGCUUCCAGGAGCUCAUGGCUUCUCGGUACCUUUCCUCGGACAUUGACAAUGUCAUGAGGACUUCGUUUCCAGGAGUUGCUCCCCUGAAACUAUAUGAACUACUGGGCAGCAGCAAGUCCCAACAAGUGAAAUAUUUCGAUUAUCUGACUGGGGAGUACAAAGAUUCCAUCGAGUACACCGACCAGUACAUUCCGCAAGAGUUUGACGACCCCAAUUUCGCAACGACCUCGCCCCUAUUCAACAUGAAUACUGCUCCUGAAAGUGCAAACUUUGCCCAACAGGCAAGCGACACCCAGUCGAUGCUAGACAGUGUCAGCCAGUCUAACCUUUUCCAUUUUCCACAGUCAAUGAUCAAUCUCAAGCGCAUGGAUCAACCAUUGAAAGUCAGCCUCUCUGGGCUCAAGUUUUGGAACCUUUUGAAUUUGCAGCCUUUGCACGGAAAGGCGGACUUCAGAAUGGUCAUAGUUGCUCCUCACAUUAACGGGUUCUUCGCUGACCAGUGCAAGGACUUUUUCAACAGCGUUGUGAUAAAUUAUUCCUCCUGCAAACUUGGCACGGUACAUCCAGUCGAAAUCGUCAAAAAAGAUGAUGAUGAGUGUCUAUUGCUGAGUGAUGGUGUUCUGACAAUUGACACAGAAGACGUGAACAACGAAGCGCAAUACUGGGAUUCUGUGAGAGCCACUCUCAGCUUGCUUGCAAAAUCUAUACAGCUAAGUUAUCUGGAGAAUGAGCGAAAUGCGGAUGCCCAAACUGCGGACGAAACUCAGAGGUUACCCAUUUUGCUCUUUUUUGCUGAUCCUUUCGGAAGCAUCAGCUCAAUUGUGGAAGCGGCCAAGUCGGUUUCGGAGUUUGCAGACACAGUCUCCAUGGCUGUUGAUUCUCAGUCUAUAUCUGAUAAGAAUGCUUUGGACAAGCAGAAGAAGAAAAAGAAGAGCAACGCAAGUACUCCCAAAACUCCUGUGAUCCCAAUAGUGAGACUACCCAUCAAGGUAUUCCAGAAGAUCUUUCCGAUCGAUUUCUGUUAUUCAAGAGACGGUGGGUUUUCCAUGUGUACCAACUCCAUCUUGACAAAGAUGUCUUUGAGUCUCUAUAACAUAUGCCCGUCGAGUGAUCACUCUCGAGACUUCAUGAGGACAUUCACUACUAUCUCGAAGGAUCUUCCCAAAAAGAUUGAUUUCAAACUCACCAGAAUGGCUAUCGCCAGCUCGCUAAUUUCGGAGGACCUUUUCAUCCAUGUUGCUUAUGAAAGGUCGAUUGAUAAAAACUGGUGUGUGGCAUCAUGGACUGACCAAUAUGGCAGUAUCAGAAACCUGCAAUCGUGGCAUGUUCCUUACGAGUCGUCCAAGAACGGUAAAGGAGGAUCAUCAGCUCCAUUUGAGAGCGUGAGCAACAAGAUGUGGAACAUAACCAUGAAUUACAUCAACAAUCACACUGGCAAGUGCUAUGUGAUUCUCACCAGACUCAACAAUGUCAUUCCCGACGAUGAGCUGAUUGAGUGGAAGAGACUCUCGCAGAAGUACAAAAACAUGUCACUGGUUGUUCUAACUGUCGAUACCAGUUCAUCCUUCCUGGUGAAGGUAGGAAACGCUAACGGGUAUUGUGGGGAUCCUGAAUCCUCUGAUGCUGGUUUCAAUGCUGGGUUCACUGGAGGUAAACUCAACACCAACACUGUGGGGUCGACUUCUUCAAACACAGGUGUGACUCCGUUCAAGAUCGAAAGCCCCGAAGUCUAUGGCUCAAUGACUACUCCAUCUGACUUCAACAUGCUUUCUCCAUCAGGAGGGAACACAGGAAAACCUCCUGGAACGCCUGGUAAUUCCGAGACAAGUUCCAUCCAGGAUGUGACAAAAGAAGCGUUUGGACUAAUUCUCAAUAGUCCCUUGCCGCUAUCCAACCAACCCACAAGAAUACCAAUCAAGACUGGUUAUCUCUAUAACGUCUUCCCUCUGAACAGUGAGCGUAAAGACAAGAGUUCGCUAGAAGUCAAUCUUCUGAGUUGUCCCCAUUUCUCGAACGGACCAGAACUGGUGAAGACCAUUCUGUUCCAAUAUAGAAACUUGUCCAACUUGAGUGAUGCGUGGGCCAUGAGUAAGCCACACUGCAAGUUCAACUCGAUGAUUCCGUGGCAUAUCAUGGCGGUCAAGAAGACGUUGAGUGGGAUUGUACAUAUCAGAGUUCAAUGA